GGAAGAGUCAACUAACUAGUGGACGCCACUCAGCUGCUCGCAUGCUUGCAAUUCUCCAUUCUACAAUGUGUAGCUCGGCCGUGGCAUCUCGACAGUUCCCCUCCUUUCCACUGUGUCCAGAAGCCUGCAGACGGGCCUGAGCCCCGUGCCAAUCAGAAGCGGCGGCGUCCAGUCUCGACGGCAUCGGCUGCCUGUUUAAUGGCUCGGCGAGCUUCCACCCUUGCAGCGACCCCGGCGGCCGGCGUGGAGAGGUGUACCACCACUUUCUUGGGCCCAUGUCCACCAUGGCACCUGAGGUUGGUGAGCAGGUGGGGUCCACGUUCUCGCACCCUUCUGAGGGGAGAGACAUGCCGAGUGGCCGCGUCUUUCUUGAUGGCACCAAUAAUCGUGCUUCUUGACCCCCCCUGCCUCCCAGUGCGAGCGAACAGCAGAGACCAACCUCUUUCGAUCGACGGACGGAUGCACAUGCACGCACUAUGGGCUGCAAAGUGGGCAAAUAUCCCAAAAUGGGCCAAACACAGGAACCGGUCAUUUAGCCCACAAUGUUCAAAAAUAGAAACAGGAAAUCGCUGGCACGCAAGCUUGGUGGCUGGCUCGACGGCGCGCUGGGAUAUAUCUCUGAUAAUUUGCCCACUUCUCGGGCUCACUCUGUUUUCCCCUCCUCGAGCAGGCCCAGAAACGAGGUUGAAGAUCCAGGUGUCGUCCAGUCCAGUCAACAGUCCUUCGACUCUCUCCAUCUCUCUCUCUUUUAAUUACACUUAUUAUUUGCGCCGUCCAACCAGAUCAACUGGUAUCGACCCGGCCGCUUUUGAUCAUCGAUCCACUCUUCAGAUUCCAGACAGCAAGCAGGACUUGCUCGGAUAUCCAGUCAUUCACUCACGGCAUUACAGUAAUCUAAUAAUCUCGACAACGAUCUGAGUUUCCAAGGAGUGCUUGGAGGGUUGGGAGAAGUCGACUUCCAGGACAAGGCUCCCCUUUUCCCCCCUCCCCCCUGGCAUCCGGACCCUGACGACAAGCGAGGGCCCCUGGCUCACCUGCCCUCCCGCUUGUGCUCGGCCCAGCCCCAGUCUCACACACCCCACCCCCCUUGUCCACUCCCCAGAGGUUCACCCCCACCCCCUGGAGGCAUACAAAUGUCAACA